GUUUUUUUUAAAUAAUUUCUGAUUUCAAUUUUCAGUUUGAUUACUCGUUAUAUAUGCUUAAUGCUUGUAAACCUUUUACAAUGGAAGGCGAAUCUGAUUCUUCCUUACAAGCCAACACGUUAAGUGUGUCUUAUUUACAGGCACGGGAUCCUAGUAUUUUAUGUUGGAAUAGACCUGGCCUUGCACAUCCAAGAGGAUUCCUAAAAAGGACUCAGCUGAAAUUUUCCAGUUGUAUAUCCCUUCCUUCUAUUGGUUUACCUUCAGAGGAACUUGAACAGGAGGACGAAGAAAAAGUUGAUGACACUCUCAAUGUCUAUCUAAGGAUAAAACAAAGUACAAGACCUUUGGAUAGCACUCUAUAUAGAAUUGAACAGAAUAUAUUAAUAACUAGAAUACCAGAAGAUUCCCUGGCCCCAAGAAAUCAAGCUGACAGAAAAAAAAUUAAUCAAAUUCUUUAUAAAAAAUUUUAUUUUACUGGAAUAUUUGAUGCAGAUGCAACCCAGGUAGAUAUUUUUAAUUAUGUUGUAAAGAAAAAACUUCUCAGUUUCAUCAAUGGAAAAAAUAGUACCCUCUUGGCCUACGGAGCAUCUGGAGCAGGAAAAACUUUUACUAUGGUAGGAACAGCAGAUCAACCUGGAAUCAUUCCUAGGUCUUUGGAUUACCUUUUUCGGACUAUUGGCAAUGGGGGAAAGCCAACUGUCCAACCCUAUCAAAAUAACAAUAUUCUACUCUUAACAGAAAGUGAAAUUAAUAGGAAUAUAAAUAAUUUAGAGGCCAUUUUACAGAAUCCACAUACUGUUCAUGAAACUGAUGUUCAUAUUAGAACUUACAGGCAAAUGCAACAGAGGCUAAGUACUCUUUCUGUAGGUACAGUGACUACUUUUCCCCCUAUUAGAGAGGUGUGGGUAUCAUUUGCCGAAAUCUACAAUGAAAACAUAUAUGAUUUACUUGAACCAGGUAGAGGAAGCCAGAGACCCAAAUUACAAAUUGGGGGCUUACAAGAAGAUUGCUAUAUAAAAGGAUUGAAACAUAUCUAUGUCAGAUCAGGAUUAGAAGCUUACCAAGUGAUGCAAUAUGGAUUGCACAACCUGAGCUACGCUGCGACUGCAGUGAACAGCCACUCGAGCCGCUCUCAUUGCAUCUUUUCAAUUCGAUUAAUAGCCGGGACGGACGAAAAUAAUUACAAAAUGUCCGUUUUUAAUUUUUGCGAUUUGGCUGGAGCUGAAAGAGUUAAGAAAACUUUAAAUAAUGGAGAUCGAUUAAAGGAGUCCACCAAAAUAAAUUCGUCACUUUCAGUCUUAAGCAGAUGUAUACAGAGUAUCAGAAAUCGACAGCGUAAGAACUUAAACAUAUCAGCACCAUUUAGGGAAUCGAAAUUAACUCAGUUGUUUCAAAAAGGGCUAAAAGGCAACGAGGACAUUUCGAUGAUUGUAAAUAUUAAUCCUUCCCCAGACGUGUUUCAUGAGACUCAACACGCCCUUAUAUUUUCUGCCAUUGCCAAAGAAAUAACUCAAGAUAUAAUAGAAGAAACCAAGAAUGGCUGCGGUGAACAGACCAAUGGAGACUUUGAUACAUCGGACCUUCUGCUACAAAUAUCAGAGUUAAAAAAUGAAAUACAGGAAGUCUAUAACGAUAAGGCAGAACUCGUGCUUCAAAAUUCCGAACUAGAACAACAGCAAGAGGAAAUGGAGAUGCAAAUUUUGGAGCUGAAAGAGAUAAUUGAAAAUAGCGAGCAUGUUAAUGAGUGUGUCUCAAAUGGCCUGUGCAUAAUUCAACACUACGUAUGUGACGGAAAACCCGACUGUAAAGAUGGCUCGGACGAGAGCCUAGAAACGUGCAAUGGAGACCCUUGCAGAGAUAAAAUCCCCUGCGACGAUGGCAGGUGCAUUCCAACUGCUUGGUGUUGCGAUAGGCACCAUGAUUUAAAUUGUACUGUCACCAAUAGACCACGGUGUUGCUUAGGACAAUCAGAUUCUUAUGAGGAAAUGGAAUUGGGAUUCCCCACACAAUCCCAGACCCAACAUACUGCUCGAUACCUGUUUAUACUUGUAUGUGUAGUAAGUAUAUUAUUUUCUGUCAUUCUGCUGCUCCUUAUCAUCUCAAAAGUGGUAAUGUUUGCGAAAAAAGCAGCCUUACAACAACAGCAAGCAAGAGUAUGUGAAAACAUCGCCCUGAGGAACCAGACUAACAUAAACGUGAUUCCUUGUAGCCUGUAUACUUAUAGAUCGGCCUCCAGUAGGACGCCCAGGUCCGGUAAUAUUGUCAGGAAUAUUAUUAUCGACUCUUCGGAUGUUAAUGAUCCGUUGCUGUUUAAUCCGGCAAGAUUUAACGUAAUAAAUGCGAGCAGCGCAUUCGAUCAACCACCUUCCUACGUGGACGUGCUACAAAACAAUAGAUUGGCCGCAGAGCCUCCUCCUCCUUACAGAAGUCAGGACCGGAUUAAUGUUUCUAGUUUACAUACAAACGAAAGAGAUUAACUAGUGUUAAUGCCUUGCCGCAUUACCACUCUAAUUUUUUCUUAUACACGUCUGGCCAUGUCUUAGGUGCAGAAAUACCUGAGCAUUUAUACGCAAGGGGAAAUUAUAACCAAAAAAAGCGUAGUGAAUUCGGAUCGUUUAAUUUAAAUCGAACUAUAGUGUGUGAUUUUGUUAUUGCAAAUUAAUAUCUGCAUCUAAGACCUUAGUAAGUUGGCCAGACCCGUAUAUAAGUAUGUAUUUUGCAAAAUGGCAAGCAGUCAUCUAAGUAAUACUAAAUAUGUUAUUGUGAUCCUCUAAAAGCAAUAUGUUUUGCAAAUAUUUAAAAACGUAAAAGUAUUAUAAUUUAUUAUUAAAAAUAAAAAUACUGAUCAUAUCAUUUAUUUGAAACUAAAAAACAUAUCAAAAUUGUGCUAAUAAACAUCUUACGUUUGAUAUUAUUAUAUUAUUUUAGUUUGUACAUGUUUAUUUUAUUAUUGUAAAUAGCGUUUUAAAAGUAGUACUUACUUACAAUUAAAUGUUAUGUUAAGUUUUAGUUAGUGUAUUAAUAAACCCAAGGACAAUAAUAAAUUAUGAUAAAAGAUAUUUUUAGUAAGAACAUGGUUCAUAUUGUUCUGUUUUUGGUAUAGACUGGAUUACUGUAUUAGUGUUAUUUUGUAAUAGAGUUAUUUUAAUAA